AUGGUGAAGAAAGACAAACACCAAGGGGCAGUGAAACCGGCAGGGGCACGCGACAUUGGAGAGCUUCUCCUCCGGCCCGCAAAGGCCCAAAGCCUCACCGCGCCAAAAAAACAUGGCGACACAGCCUCUGCCUCCUCCGAGGAACAAGCUAUGGAUGAGCUGGAUGAAUUCCCGGCCUCUGAUGAAGAUAGUGAGCUGCCCUCCACGAAGGGGGUAUUAAAGCCCUACUCUGCAAGAUGUUUGCAGCAGACGUUGCCACACUGCGCGAAGAGAUACACAGGGGCGAUUCAAGACUAUAGAAGAAGACUCGCAGGACCUCCCUGCACGAUGCACACAGAUAGAAGCCCAUAACGCUGAACUACAGCGCAAUCAGUUUCAGCUCAAUAACCGCCUUGACGCACUAGAGGACCGGAACAGGAGCAGAAACAUAAAGAUCCGAGGGGUCCCAGAGACAGUGGCCCCGGGUGACUUACCGCAAUUCGUCAGAAGGCUCCUUACCUCCCUACUCACGCCACAACAGGCAAAAAUGGCUACAAUCGAUGGGGUCUACCGCAUACUGAGGGCCGCCAGAGCUCCGGCAGACACCCCACGAGACGUCAUACUGCAGCGACUGACACGGUCGGCCCAACUCACCAUCAUGGCAACGGUGAGAGGAAAAGCUACCUUCCCGUUUGAAAAUGCCACUCUGUCCUUUUACCAGGACUUAUCCAGACCCACCUUACUAUGGAGAAGCAGGUUCAAGCCGCUAACCACCACACUCCGCCAACAUGCCAUCACAUAUCGCUAGGCAUUCCCUAGAAGCCUAGUGAUCUCUCAUGGGGGCGCGACAACCCACAUAACAACAGGGCGAUGGGCCGACCAUGUCGCUGGAAUACAAGAACGCUGAGACUGAGUUUAAGUCUGAUUUUAAUUUUCAUGUUAUUUUACAUUUUUGGUUGUUUUGAUCAAUUUAGACCACUAUCUACCCUGGACUCGGACUGGCAAGGGCUCGGGCACCUGACCAAGAUGAUGAUAUACCACCGGCGGGAGCCUGCUGACCGGGACGCUUACCGCUGCAGAUGAGAGAACCUCCAUAUACCUCAUUCUGCCCCUGUCAGAGACUGGUACUGGUCAAUUGUUUGUUUGUUUUUAUUUUAACUAACUUAACAACAGUGAGUUGGUAUUGGCUAGGGUGGUAUUUACAUCACAGUGGCCCAUGCUUUCAAGCAUAGCAAUAGUACCAUUAAAUCUUACCCCUAGCUUUACACACGCCUGAAAUCUAGCAAGGUGAAAUACCUACAUACUAAGGAGCUAGUUAACACAGCACCGAUUGACCCCUGCUUCGUCUCAAGCAUUUUGCCGCUCAAAGCAUUGUAGUAAAUCAACACAUUCACUCAGCUUGAUAACGCUACACCUGCUCAAGCCUAAAACGUACACACACACACACACUCAAGGAAAAGCUCUUACACCACAAAAUUAUUUCAGACCAAAUCUCUGACAGGAAGAUAAUCCGACACACACACAGAUUAAGCCUUACCCUGCGAAGGGCCUAGCAGGAUUAUUAUUACUAUUAUUAUAAAUUACACUGCAUUGCCAAGCCACUGUUAGUUCAAUAUGGCUCACCCAAGCUACAUCUGCCUCCCGGCGGUGUUUCCCACCGACAAUCUUACCAACCCUCACUCUUCCACGUUUUAUGUUACAUGUUUUACUGACAUUGCUACUGUUUUAACCCUGAACCAAGCAUGAAAACCAUAUAAAAAAUGUGCAGAUGUAACUCAUGUCUAUUAACCCAAAAUGGCCGGUAUCUGCUGUUGUGGCAGUGCCGGCAUGUUUGUCAUCAUUAUGCACGCCAAAAUAAAGAAUAAAAAAAAAAAGACAUCUGAUAGGUCAUCACACACAGAUAAAGCUGGACAAUUGAACUGCAGUCGCUUAUGUGAACCAAUAAGGGGGGACACGUUUGAUUCCUCUGGAACAGUUAUGCACUGUAACUGUAAUGCUAACUACCAAACACCGGGCCACCCUGCUUCAUAAUUAUAGAUCAUUUACCUCCCUGAUCCACAAGUACUUUCGUAUAAAGAAACCCACGAAUGCUGUGCGAAGUGCCUGGGUGGCCGCCAUUUCGGGACUUACACGUGUUUGCGGCCAUCUUAAUUCCCGAACAGCGGUGUUUUGCCGUCGAGUGUCUGGAACUAAAAUCGGAAACUCGAGUAGGCGAAAACACCGCUGAGACCUCCAUAGCACCGGGAAAUCGUGCUAUAACUACCGAACAACAGGCCGUUCGGUAGAAAGACUUAAUAGCUUAUGGGGAUUCCAGCAAACGUUGGGUUAUGCACGGAUGGCAAUCUGUUCGGGACUUUUUACGCACGAACUAAGACCGACUAAGAUUUAUGCCUGUACCCCGAGUAUUUGGGGUACAUCCGAACUUUGGGCAAAAAUGUGUUCUUUUUAAUUAUUUGCUUAUCUGAGGGGAGGAGAUGUGUGGGAUGUAUAUUAUGUUUAUUGGUUGUUCUGUUAAUUAUGUGGGUGUCUCCCUUGCAUGGGCAGAAUCACAUAAAAGGAGAGGGCCUGUCAUUAAAAGCCAGUUCUUCUUGACCCUUCAAAACGUAGCCUUGUCUCGUUCUUGAAAGGGGAUUCUGCAGCAUAAUCACGUAGCUCUUUUCAGAGCUCUACCUUCUGCCUUGGAUCCAGUGGAUGGCAAUAAGCGACUCCAUCACUCUACAGCGACUUCCCGGGAAGAAAAGGACGUCCCCAACGGCUGAUACCCUCACUCUACCUGGGUAGCCGUUACAUGCACCAACAUAAUGAAUUGGUCAGAAGUACAUCUUUUGUCAAUGUCUGCAGUCCACAUAAAGGGAGAAAGGAAUACUCUUGCAGACGCACUCAGCAGGAACCAUCUAAAACAGGGUGAUUGGUCUCUUUCUCCUCUAAUUUUUCAGGAAAUCGUGAAAAAAUUCGGAAUUCCAGUGAUAGAUCUCAUGGCUUCUAGGGAAAAUAAGAAGAUGAAAAGAUUUUCAUCCAUCAAUUCGACAGACAAGCCCGACUUCCUGAAUACUAUGUCAAUUCAGUGGGAUUUUCAUCCCGGCUAUUCUGCAAAAAAUCAUCCAGAACAGAUCAAGGAUGAUAGCAAUUUUUCCCUAUUGCACCUAUCCAACAAUGUGUUUUGAAAACUUCCUGUGUCUGAAAAACUUCUGGAACACAAUCUGGUUCCUCUGAAAACACUUCAGACAUUCCAAUGAACGGACUGGUAUCUAAACGCCAGAUCCUGAGAUUGAGGAGACUCAAUCUCAGACUGUUAGCAGCUAAAAAAAUACUCCACUUUGUCAGUUUACUCUAAAAUUUGGAAGAAAUUCUGCUCAUGGUGUUAUAGUGUGGGUGUUCAUCCCCUUUCUGCUUCAGGUCCUCAGAUUUGAAAAUUUCUACAGCUGGGGUUUGCUAAAGGUCUUCGUCCUGCUACACUUAAAGUUCAAAUCUCAGCUAUUCGUUUUUUUAGCAUUCAGAUGCUCUAAUCUCCAGAUUUUUUGAGCAGUUUCUAGACUCCUUCCUACCAUUAGGGAAUUGGUUCUACCUUUGGGUUUAAGUAUUGCCCUUACGGCUCUGUGUGAUGCACCCUUUGAACCCUUGGAGUCUGUCAGUCUGAAUACUCUUACUUUGAAACUGUGUUUUUGGUUGCAGUGACUUCUGCAAAACAUCUGGGUGAACUUCAGGCUUUGGCCUAUUCUCCACCAUUCUUGGUUUUUCAUCUAGAUAGAGUGGUCCUGGAACAUCAACCUUCUUUUCUUUCUUUCUUUUUUUUUUUUUUACAUUCUUUCUUUUAUUGAGGCACUUGCAUAAGAUACAAAACACAUGAGAAAACAAAGAGUUGUGGUAGUUUUAGGUUUAAACUCUUACAAAAUUCAGCCUCUUUUUGUAACUAAUAAAAUGGGUAAUAUCAUACUCUGGUAACCAGGCCAGUAGCAAGUCAAAACGGAGGCAAAGAAAAAAAAUGAACAUCAACAUUAACAUAGGUGUAAGUGUGCAAUUCCUGUUGCACUUUUGCCAUCCUUUGCUCAGCCUGGAGCAGUGGAGCUGCAUGGUGUGAAGAUUGCUUUGUUGUCCACAUCCCAAUGGUGUGUAGGUCUGUCAGUUGACUGGCCCAUGUCUGGCAUGGUGAGUCCCAGUGAUUGCAGGAAUAUUUAUUUUUUAAAUUUUUUUUUUUAAAUUAUUUUAAAUUAAAUUUUUUAUUUUUUUUUAUCUUUUCUAUUUUAUUUUUAUUUUUAUUAUAUUUAUAUUUAUAUUAUUUUUAUUUUUUUAUUUUAUUUAUAUUUUAUUUUUCUUUAGCUUUACUUUUAUUCUGUUUUUACUUUUUUGUAUUUAUUUAUUUUUGUUUUUUCCCGCAUAUCUAUACUACAAGUGAUUACGGUAUUAAUCCAUAUAUAUAUACUCUGAUAUAUUCCCUAUAGAUUUUUUACAUAUUAAUUUCUAUGUAAAACCCUGCAUACAUUUUUUUGUGCCUAGAUUGUUUAUGUGGUUGUCUUGCGGUAUUUACCGAUACCCAUAUGUUGUAUAACAUUUCUCAUUUUAAAAUGUAAUUAGGAGAUUGAUAUGUGUGUAUAUAUAUAUAUGAGAAAUAGAAGUUUGAAGGCACUCACUGUUUUCACGAAAAUCUUUAGGUAAUAUAGCCUCAGUGCUCCACAGAGGUCUUGAGAAAGGACCAUGAGUGAGUCCGAAACGUUGAUGCUGCAAAUUAACCCCUUAAGGAUGGUGGGACCUGGCUCUAAACGCAGAGGGGCGGCAUAGCAAGUCCCUGCUGUCCUAUGUACUUACCCGGUCACCGGCGAUUGCAGUGUGGGGACUUACCUGGGAGCCCAGGGAGUCCCCCUCCUUUUUCUUCGGCCCCCCUGGGCUAUGUGAUCACAAGGUCCAUGUCAAUGCCAGCAGGGGGAGUACCUGUAAUAACAGGUACUCCCCCUGCUGCCUGAAAAAAAAUUAAAUAAAGAAAAACACUUUAAAACAGUGUAAAAUGUAAUUAUAUAUAUUUAGAUCAUAUAUUUAUUUAUUAUAUAUAUGAUCUAAGUAUAUAUAUACAUAUAUACCCACAUACACUGUCUAAUUGUAUUUUAAUAUUAAUAUAUAUAUAUUAAUAUCAAAAUACACGUAGAAUGAUAUUGAUUAAAUAUAUAUAAUUAUCAUUAUAUAUAUUUAUAUAUAUAAUAUAAAAUAAAUAAAUAUGUCAAUACGUAAAAAAAUAAAAUAAAUUAAUAAAAAAUAAAUUAAAUAUAUAUGUGUAAUUUUGUUCUAACUGUAUUUUAAAAUUAAUAUAUAUAUAUUGAUAUCAAAAUACAUGUAGAACGAAAUACUAUAUAUAUCUAUGUACAUAAGUAUAUACGUAUUUAUCAAUAUAUAUAUAUAUAUAUAUAUAUAUAAAUAAAAAUUAUUUUCAAAAAUUAUAUAUAUAUAUAUAUAUAUAUAUAUAUAUAAUAAUUCUACGUAUAUAUUUAUGUAGUAAUUUUACAUAAUUAAGUAAUUUAAUUAAUUACAAUUUGCGGGACCUGCCUGACAACCCAGGCUGAAAGUCCAGGGAAUUUAAUUUGUUAGCACUAUAUUUAACCCUGUAACUUUCCAAGACACCAUAAAACAUGUACAUGGGGGGUACUGUUUUACUCAGAAGACUUAGUUGAACACAAAUAUUAGUGUUUCAAAACAGUAAAAUGUAUUACAACGAUGAUAUCAUCAGUGAAAGUGAAGUUUUUUGCAUUUUUCACACACAAAUGGCACUUACACGGACGAUAUAAUUGUUGUGAUACAUUUUACUGUUUUGAAACACUAAUAUAUGUGUUCAGCGAUGUCUCCUGAGUAGAACCGUACCCUUCAUGUACAGGUUUUAUGGUGUUUUCAAAAGUUACAGAGUCAAAUAUAAGGCUUGCGUUUCAGUUUUUUCACAUUGAAAUUCGCCAGAUUGGUUACGUUGCAUUUGAGACCGUAUGGUAGCCCAGGAAUGAGAAUUACCCCCAUGAUGGCAUACCAUUUGCAAAAGUAGACAACCCAAGGUAUUGCAAAUGGGGUAUGUCCAGUCUUUUUUAGUAGCCCCUUAGUCACAAACACUGUCCAAAAUUGUCAUUCAAAUGAGUUUUUUGCAUUUUUCACACAAAAACAAAUAUGAACACUAACUUUGCAAUACCUUGGGUUGUCUACUUUUGUGGUAUGCCAUCAUGGGGGGUAAUUCUCAGUCCUGGGCUACCAUACGGUCUCAAAAGCAACGUAACCAAUCUGGCGAAUUUCAAUGUGAAAAAAAUGAAAAAUGUAACAUGCUAUAUUUGACCCUGUAACUUCCCACAACACCAUAAAACCUGUACAUAGGGGGUACUGUUUUACACGUAAACCAUUGCUGAAUACAAAUAUGUGUAUUUUAUUGCAGUAAAAGCAAACAGUAUUAUGACAUUCACAGUUAGAAUGUCACGUAGAACUAAAAUUUUAUUUUUAUAUUAUUUUCUCCCAUUUUUUAAUAUUUUAUUCAUGUUAAAUUAUGUUUCAUACUUAAAUAUUUGAUUUUAAAUGAAAGCCCUGUUUCCCCUGAAUAGAAUUAUAUAUAAUAGGUGUGGGUGCACAUAAUAUGAAAGAUGCAAAUUACGCCUGAACAGACAUAUAGCGUAAAUUCAAGUUUUUGUUUACGUUUUGAUCACGACAUGCACAUUUGGCAAAGUCCUUAAGGGGUUAAAAACUUUUUAACUUUUUCAUAACAAAGUCCUGCGAGUGCCUACUCCUUUCCAAUAUUUGAAGACAAUAUAUAUAUAUAUAUAUAUAUAUACACAUAUAUGCAGAUAUUUAUCUAAUCUUCUUUUCUACAUCUUUUUUUAUAUUUAUCUACUUUUUUACAUUUACUAUUUCUCCUACAUGUUCGAUUUAUAGUGCUCAGAAAAUUGUUGAUUUUUAUUAUAAUUUGAUUGUUUAAUUAUCCAUUGUUCGAUAUAAAUAUGCCUCUUGCAGCUCCAUAGGCUCCAUAGCCUCUGAAGUGGGGCAGGAUCCCCACGAAACACGUAAGGCAGUGGACUUUUGGAAUUGGAACAUGACAAACUAUAGCCCGCUGUUUGCCGAUCCAACAUACAUACCGGAGAUGGAAUUAGGAAACCUCGAGGGAAUACCUCUGAAUGAGGCUCAAGGUGGAAUGCAUGCUGAUUCCACCGGUACCUGAGACGUAGGACCACUCGCAACUCCCACAUCUCUUCUCUUCUCCAGGAUCAUCACAGUAAGUUACAGUAUAGGCCGAUUUUGUCUUUUAUCUUACUAUUUUUGUGAGUGUUUUUAAUCUUUGUCACUACAUUUAUUGUGAUUUUUACAGUGAGCACUAUGCAAUUUUAUUUCUAUUUCUAGGAAACCAGUUUUCUCUGUGCUGUUUUUUUUUUUUUUUUUACAUAUAUUGAAGAUCUUUCUUAAAGGGACACUAUAGUCACCAGAACAACUACAGUUUAUUGAAUUUGUUCUAAUGAGUAGAAUCUUUACAUUUAGGCUUUUUGCUGUAAACAAUGUCUUUUCAGAGAAAAUGCAGUGUUUACAUUACAUUACAGCUUAGUGAUAACUUCACUGGCCACUCCUAAGAUGUCUGUUAGAGAUCCUUCCUGGGUCCUGGCUGCCUAAAAUGCACACAAACAUUCAGUAUCUCCUCCCUCUGCAUGCAGACACUGAACUUUCCUCAUGGAGAUUCAUUGAUUUAAUAAAUCUCUAUGAGGAGAUACUGAUUGGCCAGGGAUGUGUUUGAAUUGUGCUGGCUCUGCCCCUGAUCUUGUGGAGUCUGGGGUUCCCUUUAAAGAUGAAACCAAUGGCCAGGCUGAAAAUGCAUCCUCACUCUGGAAGAGAACCUUAUGAAAUUUGUCCAUGCAGAUAGAAUGGUAGAGAAUAGUCAGUCACUGAAUUUCCAGGUAAUGAUGAUACAAACAAAGUAAAUUAAAGUAUUUUUUUUUAUAAAAUGUUAAUAAAACUAAUAUUAUAUGAUACUUAAAGGUGAAAUGUACUUUAUAGGCAGGGUGACCAGAUUUUACAAAUAAAAAACAGGGAAACCCUUUAGUUGAGGAAGCGAAGCAGGGCAAGCUGCGGCAAGAUUGGUGUGGCGCUGGAAAUUAGGUGAUUAAAAACACCUUUUUAACGAAGGGCAGGAUACCUGGACAGAAUGUUUAAAACUAUAGUGACAUUAUAGUGUUCCCUCAAGCAAAUUAAAGGAACAUUUUGGUCACCAUAACAACUUAAUCUAAAUGAAGAUGUCCUGAUGCCAGGAUGCUGCUGGGUGCUCUCUUUCCCUUAAGGGGUAAAACCACUCUCAAAUGGUUUAACACCAAAGGCUGCCUCCAGCACCAGAUCUGAGGGGAUCCAAAGUUUGCCUGCCAGACCCAAGUACCUAAACCUGUGGAGGCAUCACUGGUGAGUCCUGGGCUGUGAAGUCCCCUCCCGGGGUCGAUUGGUGGUUGGCUUUCUUCUACCCAGUGCAUGGUCUUCGCUUGCGACACCUCCGGUAGUUCUAAUCUGUUUAGGAAUGUCUCUGGGCCAUCAGCAGAGGUAAAGGUGAGUAUGUCAUCCCCUCUUACAACUAUGAGUGAGCCCUCCAUUAGCCAAUGAUACUUGAUGAAGUGUUCUCACAAUCUUCUGGCUAUUGGGGUCAGCUGCCUCUUCUCCAGUAACAUCCUGAAUUGAAGAUUAGCAUACAGGGUGACUUUGCAGCCUUCAUCACAGUUCACAAGGCUCUAGAGUGGGCCUGACUCUGUUACCAGCAAGGUAUCAUCUGCCUCUUGAGGCCCAUUGAGGCCACCAGUCACUGUGUGAAGGGCAGAAGGUCUUCAACUCUGACUCAUUCAGGGAUCCCUCUUAGGUGGAUAUUUUGCUCCUAUUUCUUGACUCCAAUACAGCAACUGUCUUGUGUAGCAUCUGAACCUGGUGGCUAAACUCUUCCACCUGAUUCUUGGUUUCUAGUAUCUGGCUGUCUCUAAUCUUCUCUCUUGUUUCAACAGCCUUGAUUUUUGUGUGUACAACUCCCACAUCUGUCUGUCUCUUGCAGAACUGCUUUCCAAACCUGCCUCAGCUCUAGCAGCAGCCUCUUAACGUCCCCUUUGGUAGAUGAGUAAGUGUCAUCAUCCGACUCAGACUCCCUGUAAAAUCCUCCUAAAUCGACCAAGGCCAUGAAAUCAGCAUCCUCCUGGGACUCUUUGGAAGCCUCAGCCUCGUUUUGUGCCUCAGGCGCCAUCUUGGGCAGCAGCUGCUCUGCAGGUCUCUCGAAGGAGAGCCAGGUAUCCUGGAAUGCCGGAAUCUUCUGGGCAGCAGCAUUUCUUGUGCCUGCAUCCCAUAUCUUGUCUCUAGUGCGUGGUGGGUAAAAGUAGGUAUAUUAAUGCCAACAACCUUAGCAGGUUUCAAUUAAUAGUGGGGCUGUGUAGGAGCUCCGCUAAAGAACGUCUGGUUCGGCUUGUCGUUGGCCACACCAACUUUCCCUCUCUUUUUAUUGUUCUGUUUCCUAGAGGAGGAGGAGUUGUUUUUUUUUUUUUUCUUCCAAGUCACAGAGCCCCUUCUCUGCCUUCUUGAAUACAAAGACAAAAAUUCAAAGCAGAAUAUUGACAGUUUUAGAGUAUUCAGCAUGUUGUUGAUUGUGAAGGAGUAGGAGACUGAGGAUGUAUAUUGCUGUAAGUCACAGCUGCAUAAGUUGCAUAUUUGGAUGACACUAAUGUCUUAGAACAAAACUUUAUUUUAAACCACAAAACACAUUUGGCAUGUAGUGUAUGUAUAUGUGUUUGUGUGCUGUGUGCUGUGUGACUGUGUGACGUGUUCCCAAACUUUUUAGCUAUGAACAAAAGACAAAAUGUCAAAGUUCAGUUGCAUAACUGUGUUCAUGGCUCAGAGUACAAUGUAUUUGCUAGUAACCCAUAACAAUUACGUUUUUAAAUUCUUUAAGAUUUACUGGUAGUAUAAGAAUAAGGACUUUGAGAUAUUUAACAAAUAGUCUGCAGUUUAAUAUACGAGAUAUAAAAGAAAUUCCAUCCAAAAACCUUGGUGUCGCACAGUGAAAAACUAAAGACUGCAUCCUGGUAAGUACAUUCAAAUCAGCACAUAACAAUAUUGUUUUGGAAUGUACAUUUUUACAUGUAUCUAGUUUAAAUUAUUGUAAUUAAUAGCAACAGACACAAAGCAGUGCUUAAUGUAAAUUAAGUAAUACUAUGUAGAAAUUACAAUUAUUUAUAUAUAUCUCCAGCGUAUUCUGCAGUGCUGUACAAUAAAUAAACAAAACAAACACUUAAUUCUAACAAAACAUGAUUAACAUACUGGAACAGUAUUUCAAGAGGGCCCAGCCAAAACCAGCAUAGGAUCUAAAAGGAUGAGGGUGAAAUACAUAAAGGGAACUAAGUGAUCUGUAUGUACCUGAGAGAUGGAAGGGUGUUUUGGAGGUGAUAGCACAGCAGAUGGGAGAUGGCAGAGGAAGGUUAUAAGGUAUGAGGAGUUAAGAGGAGAGAUGGUAAGUUGUGCUGUGUUUUUAGAGCUGUUUUGAACGACUGCAGAGACUGGUAGAGACGAAUGUACUGCGGAAGGGCAUUCUAUAAAGAAGGGGCAAUCCUGGAAAAUUCCUGAGGGAGAUUAUAAAAGCCUCAGUAUAAUAACAGUACACAAAUUAAUAAACCAAAUCCAGUUUCAUUUAUAAGUUUGAAUUCUGCAUUUGCCCGUUCAUUAACUGUAACAAAUGUUACCGCUAACGCUAUAUAUAGCGUCAAUUAAUAGUUUAUUGUAGUUUAAUGUUGCAAUUACAACUGUUAAUAUAUUCAUUUUAUUUAUGAUUUUGUCCUACAAAUAAGUAUGUCAGAAAAAAAACCUACCAGAUGUUUAACCCCUUAAGGACACAACUUCUGGAAUAAAAGGGAAUCAUAACGGAAUAUUCCCGUCAUGUGUCCUUAAGGGGUUAAAGUUGUACAAAUGUUAUGCAAAUUACGUUUAAUACUUCAAUGGAUUGCUUAUGAUAAUAUUUAGAUCACAUUGUUGAGGAAUGUGGUAAUUCCUAGUGGUUGAACCUCCUUAUUUGACAAGAAAUUCUCUGUGUUUUCAUGGCUGGGUUAUUUUGAUUGGUUGAGCUGUACCAGCACAUUGCAUGACUUUUGUUUGUGAGGCCUUUUGAUACUACACAAUAGGGAAGUUCCAAACAUAUGGGUGGCCUCUCACAUAGCUUGACCUACAUCUCUAAACCUGUUUGCCUUUAUUUAUUUAUAAAAUAUUUUACCAGGAUGGAUACAUUGAGAUUGCUCUUGUUUUCAAGUAUGUCCUGGGUCUUUUUACACAAAACAUUGCAUUGUUACAAUAGGAUACAAUAUUACAAAAAUACAAUAUACAAACUAUAUAUAUAUGAAUAUAUAUAUAUAUACACACACACACACACAUAAAUUUAAUACAUAACAGGUAAUAAAUAUAUUCAACUAUGACAGGUGCAUUCUGUGCUGAGGUAUUUGCCAUAGAUCUCUUAAACUAUAUUAGAUUGAAUGAAGAUUUGACUGUGUCCCUGAGGUUAUUCCAUAAUUGUAGGAAAAGGAGGAUCGAACCACUUUAUUUUUGUAUUGUGGUAUGCUAAAUAUCGUGCUAGUACUGGAUCGGAGGUUAUAGGAGAUGGGAACAGCCAGGGAGAGCAUUCUACUCAGGUAGGGUGGGAGCUUUCCAGAAAUAUUCUACCUCUGUGAAUUGGUUUUGGAGCACAGCCUCAAGCUGCGGUAGAUUGGGUUUACUAACGUAGAUUACAGUGUCGUCUGCAUACAUGUGUACAUGUUGAGGAUUUGCAGGCGUUAUGCAGACCAUUUAUAAAAAAUGUGAAUUGCAGGGGGCAGUGUAUGGAGCCUUGGGGAACACCACACGUGACUGGAAGAGACAAGAGUCAGAAAUGGCCACAUAUUGCAAUUGGUCUGAAACAUACGAUCAAAACCAGGUUAGCAGGCGAGUUUUUACGUAUUUGCAAAAGAAUGCCAUGCUACUGUGUCAAAGGCCUUGGCAAAAAUCAAGGAAAAUAGCUCCAGUUACAUCUCCUUGUUCCAUGCCAAUUUGGGUGUCAUUGCAAACUUUUAAUAGGGCAGUCGAAGUUAAGUGAUUUGGACAAAAGCCUGAUUGAUCAGGGGUCAGAUAAUUUGAUCUUUGAGAAUAUUCACAUAGAUGCAUGUGGACGCAUUUUUCCAAGAUUUUUGACAGUACAGGGAGCAAUGAUAUUGGGCAAUAGUUAGAUACCAAAGUAUUGUCAUCACUUUUAUAGAUAGGUACAACUUUUGCAGUCUUCCAAAGUUUGGGUAUGUAUCCUGACACCAGGGACUCAUUGAUAACGGUAGUGACCAGUUUAGCAAUUGCUGGCACACUGAGCUCCAGCAACAUUGCUGGGAUUUGAUCUGGUCCACACUGGUUUUUCAUUUUUAAAUUAAGAUGUUUAUUAACGACACUAACAGGCACAGGUCUAAAACUGAAUUUCUCUAAAUGAGGGUUUUGAAUAUUUGGCAGGGUUUGAUCUUUAUUUGCGGUCUGACAAUGAGUGUCCUUUGUUAUCUUAGCAACCAGGGUGGUACCACAUCCAACAAAAUUAUUAUUAAAGGCAUUUGCUACAUCUAGGGGGUGUUGCAGUGUUUGGUUGUCCAUUUUGACAGUGGAGAGUUGGGAGUGGAUUGUGGGUGUUUGUAUGCUAUUUAUGAUUUUUCUGAAGUUUCUUGGGUUUGAUAGGUUGUUGUUCAAAUUGUCACUGAAAUAUUAGGUCUUUGCCAUUUUUGUUUGUUUUGUGCAUGCAUUUCGCCAAUCUCUGUAAGUAAAGUGAUCGUUCAAUGGAGCCAUUACACUUGAACUUUGACCACAGUGAAUCUGUAAACUGGUUCAGUUGAAUGCGGUCAGUUAUAACACAGGGCAGGUGUGUCCCUUCCAGUCACACUUUACGCAGAGGGGCAUACAAAUUCCAAACAAGCAAGAGCUUGGACUGAAAAAAUGCAAUUGCAGAGUCUAGACCUGUUAUUAGACCUAAUCUGUAUCAUGGUAUGUUCUUGAGAUCAUUUAAAAAGGAUUCAAGAUUACAUUUUUUGAAAAACCUGGUGAUUAUAAUCUUGGGAGGGGAUUUAGUGGCCUUUAUUUUGCGUAUGCAGUACACUAGACAGUGGUCACUGAAACUGUUAGGGAGAAUGCCCGCUUCCUUGAUUCUGUCAGGACAACUGGAGACAACUUUUUUCUCUCUUAUUUAUUUAUUGUGAUUUGGUUGGAAUCACACUGGAAUGGUAGCAGGGUGAGUGUGCCCAUGAUACUUUAUUCCUUCGAUUAUCUGAAUGGCCUCCUGAAGACACACUAGUGUAGAGAAAUUCCAAUAUUGUUGAAUUAAGGGAGCAUGCUGCUAUCAAUUUGUGAUUUAUUUAUUAUUGGCAUUUAUAUAGCGCCAACAAAUUCCAUAGCGCUUUACAAUAUUAUAAGAUUACAUUACAUUAAAUGCAAUUCUCUUUUUUUGUAGAAUUGCAUAUGGCUCCAAUGUGAAAUAAACAACACCUUAGAGCAUUUUUACUGUAGAUCAAUAUUGUUUUCAAUGCAACAUUUUUUGCAUUAGUUAUGACAUCUGUACAAAUCGUUCCCUUGUUUCUUAACAGGAUAUACUAUACACUUAUCUUAUUGUUUCCUCCACCCACCCAACACCACACCUCCCCACAACUCAGUAGGUGUGCUUUAAAACCUGUUGGGAGGUUUGAGGCUUCACUGUAAGAAACACUUUGACCUAUCAAGCUUACGUAUCAAGUGUACCUCAUGCUUAUAUACAUUUUUCCUUAUCCAAUAUUUUGACUAUUUUAGCUGUAAUCAUAACAGUUCCACCCUCCCUUCUUCCAUUCCCCUUCAUACAAUUCUAUAGCUUAGCCACCACCUUCCUUCAGUAUGGCUUUUCACAAUAAUACUAUACUUAUUAUUACCCUAAUGACAGGUUUGAAUACCUUACAAAAGACAAUUCACAUACUAUAUCAUUUGAUUACCCUAUGUAUUAGUGCAUUUUUUAGACUCAGGAUCAAUCAUUAUCAAAGUAAUAGACAAUUCCAAAUGCCAUAUUGUUUUAGCAACAAUGUCAUCUCAAGACUAAGGGUGUAACCACUUCAAUUUCCCACUCUUUCCCCCAACAUGUUAUUAUAAGAAUUCUGUGGGUAGAGUUCCACAGCUAAAUGGGAGGAUAUGGAAUGAAGUUAACUUGUGCAAAUGUUUAUAUGGCCCUAACUCAUUCCUUUUUCCUUCAACUCUAGAGAAAGUGCAAGACUUUGCUGCAUGCAUGCUGAUGUUUUGGUGGUGAUUUCUACGUUGCGCAAGAUUCUUCCAUUGAUUCCACUACAGGUAUCUGAAACAUUCUAUUCUUGAUGCUUAGGAAAUGGCAAGCAGCAUUUUGUGAUGUUCACUUGUAUGAUUCCUGGUGCUUUCACCUUCCCUCAGCCAAACAUUGUAUCUUUUAUACAAAUGCCCAUAGGAGGUAUUCGCAAAUUCAAUAACUUUUUCUCUGACAUAAGUUCCUGCAUUUUGCUGGUUUGUUCAUGCCUGGACCUUCAGUGUAAGUCAUGCCAAGGCCGAACUGACUCUAAUCCUCCAACAUUCUAGCCCCAGACUCUCUUCUGGGUUAAAGCAAAUCCCUUGAUAAUGAGUCUGGUUUAGUAGCCAAAACUUAAGAAGCCUUAGAACAGUAUUUUAGGGAGAAUAUAUACUUCUUCAGUGGUUCUGUGGGUGUCUCAUUAGUGCCUUAUUAGGGAGUUCUUCAUUAGUUAAGGCUCCUGUAACGGACCGCCCGGCACCCCGACUGGGUACCUCUGUUACUGGAUGCUCCUAGCGCUUCCAGAGGGCUCCAAGCGCUCCGCCAGACACCUCAACCACCGCAGACCCCAUGAACCGUCGUAGCUUGGUUGGGGUCUCGCCGUCUCCUACACACCCUGGAGCUACGACAAGACUCCAGGCUCCAGUGGGGGAACCUCUCCUCCAAGAGAGUGAAGCAGGAACAAGCUCUUAAAAGAGCUUAGAAGUGAUAAUUCAAGGGAGCAUGCAGAGCAUAGCAAUCCCUUGUAGUGAUAUAGCCGGUUACCCCCAACAAGAGACAAGACUUUAGAUUGAAGGUUAAGAAGAACUGACUCCAAUGAGCGUUUAUUGCUGCUUAUAUACAACUUUCCCAGCAAGGUUACCACCCACGUGGACCUUGUGGGGCACUGGAACUGUAAAUUUAACAACCAAUAAAAUAAAAGCACAUGUAUAACCACACCCACUUUUUACAACAAGAAUCCUCCCCUCUUCUUGGGAGAUAAUUGAGUUAAUUACUGUAUCAACUCAAUUAUCUCCAAGCUAAAAAAAAAACCCAUACUUUUAUGCCAUUUUUCUAACUUUGUGAGUUUGCAUGCAAUAUUAAUAAAUAUAUACUUAUAUUUUUAUAACCAGCAUAAUUUGGGGACAAACAUAUUCAAAAUUCACUUGAAUCGGUUAAGUGGUUCAGGAGUUAGGUGGAAGUCAUAUUUUGACAGAGGAGGGACAAAAUAGCCAGUUCCAACUGGUUUGGUAGUAUCCGUGGGACAACGCCCUGCUGGAGAACAAUGGGACAGGGGGGAGAGGAAGAGGCACACCUUCCCAUGGAUUCAAAGGGGCAGAAAAAGUGUCCCAAAAGAUUCAGUUUAUAAAGGGCCAGCACUAGUCUAAAUAAAAGUCUAUGAGACCAAGUAAUGGUUUUAAAGGGCCAUACAUGCCAGGGCCAUAGUCAUGUGGCAAGAGGCUGGCAAGCAGGCUUCUCCAUAAGCCAGGGGAGCAGUGUUUGGCACAUAGAAAGCCAGUGGCAAAUGGCAGUUUGUCAAAGCUCCUUUUUCAAAAUACAAAGGUCAUUGAGGUGACCCUGGUCAUUGAGAAAUAUUUCCAAGUUAAAAUGUUGCACAAACACAUCACCACAGAGGAGAUUGAGAAGAUGCUGAUCACCAUAUGAUUCAAAUGUAAUAAACCCCUGAAUGCUAAUUCUGAAUGCUGUAUCUGCCUCUGUAAGCAAAAAAAUUAAAGCAAUAUCAUACUCAAUUAUGUGCAAAAGAAUUUAAGAAAAAAAAUUAUUUGAUCAGAAGAAAAUUAAUUUAUAAUUACAUGGAAGGGGACAGAGACAGGUUUUUAUGCAAUUUUGUAUAGAGAAAAUAGCUCAGGUUAUGAAUUAAAAUAAAUCUAUAUCCUUAGGGUACAAUACAAAGUAUAUACAAGGUCAGACAUAAAUUGAUCAAACAAGGUACCAAUUAAUCAGUUAUAUAUAUAUAUACACAGUAAUCAUCUGCAAGCUUUUAUUCCAAACCCUCAUCGCCGCAAAUAUUGUAAAAGCCAGAGGAUGGAAAUCCAUAGUGUUACCUACUCACUAUUAAGCCAAAUCACAGUAAAUUGGGACUAUUUUAAAUUGGGACAAGCAAGGGAAAUCUGGAGAUGCUGCUGGGUGGACAAGGACACCUGAGGAAUAUAGGGAAAGAAAAAAAAAGAGAGGGAAACACACAACACAUUCAUUUUUAAGUUUUGAUUUUUUUUUUUCCAAUUUGUAUUUUAUUAGCGAGUUUCAUACAAAAUUAAAUCUGCUUCGUAGUAUAACAAAAGAAUGACAAGUUAUUAGUUGCAUCAACUGUUAUGGGUCAUAAAUGUGCCUACAGUCACGGGCCUGUUGGUAUAGGUUACAGCUGGUGGUCUGGUCUAUUAUACAAUUCUAAAUCAUCUAUACUUCUUCUGCAUUAUGUACUUGUUGGUGUUGUCUCUGUGGUAUCAGUAGCAAAGUGGUAGCAUUGCCUUACUGUCCGGUAAGUAUGAGUAGGAUUAACAAAUAUGUCAGCGAAUGCUGUCAAAGGAAAGCUAAAUUAAUCAAACUGGUUAAUCAAAGUAAUAUAAAAUAAACCAAGAUAAGUGAACAGGCUUAUGUAGUCAGGUCAUAUAUGAAUAGAGGUUAUCUCGCAAUCUUCUCAGUGCUGUCAAGUCCCUUCGUCCCUCUGCACUUUCCGCCAGUAGAUUCAGUCUUUGUAAGAAGGAUUGCACAAUAUCGACACUACUAUGGUUAAUAACCGUAGUGUAACAUAUACAAAUACUUAACUUCAAAAAUUAUAAAACCGCCUCCCAAGAUCGUUACCCAAGGAAGGCGACCUUUUCAUAUAUAGAUAACCAAAAACACACAAAACUUCGGGAUACGGCUGGAAAUGAAUCUAAAAGGAACACAAAAAUAUACAAAUAGUGAAGUACAGUUAAUACAUUCAAACAUCUAUGUACAGCGCAUGUUUGAAUGUAUUAACUGUACUUCACUAUUUGUAUAUUUUUGUGUUCCUUUUAGAUUCAUUUCCAGCCGUAUCCCGAAGUUUUGUGUGUUUUUGGUUAUUUGUAAGAAGGAUGUCGGGUCAUCUGAUGAGAUCUUUUCCCCAGCGGUAACGGAAUCGCUGCAUCUCUGAGUUUUUUGACAGUAGGAGCUAGCUGUCUCUUCGUUGCCAGCACUGUAAACGGUAAGUCUCUGUAGAUUGACACAGAGAAGCCUUCAAAUCUAAUAGUGCCCAUUUCUCUGGACUUGGACAUGAUGGCAGAUCGAACCGUAAUGUCUCUGGUAGCUGCAAUUAUAUCUCUCGAUGCACCAUGUGGGGUGGUCGCUGUUUUUCAAACUCGGAAUGCUGUUCGUAUCAUUCCUUUAGUGUCCUUUCCCAGUGAGGACACCAAUCAUUGGAUAUAGGGCAACAGCUCUUCCCUCCCGAUGGUUUCCACCGCUAUGAUUUUCUAGUGGAGCUCCACUAUCGCUGAUUGUGCCUCUUUGAGGUCCGAUUUCCAGAUCUUGCGGAUGUCUUGUAGGAGGUGUUUCAUGUCUCCUUUGGUGACUGAUGAGGAGUCCUCAUCGGAGUCUAUGGACGAGUCUAUCUCGCCCGAUCCUGGAGAGGUGAGCAUGUCUCCUUCCUCUUGGGAUGCCUUUGAGGCCUCCUGCUCGCUGGGAGCUGCGGGCACCAUUUUAGAUGACGCUGCAGCCGCAGGCCUCUCAAAAGAUAGCCUGAUGUCUGGCAAUUUCGGGGUCUCUGGAGGGCAAAAAAGAGACUACACUUGUAUCUGAAAGAGCACUGGUCUUGAUACCAGAGGGAACCUGGACCAUGUAAGGACAAAGUAUAGGAGUGACUUUAAUAUAUUUCUUAUAAAACUGAUGCAAUGUGGAGUGCAUGUGUGGCGUGUACUACUGUUGUGUGUUUUCUAGAUCCAGAUAAAAUGCCUUUUAAAUGGAUUGAACAUUGAGCUUUGUUAUUUGAUUUGCCAUCCUGUACCUGAAAACUGAUUAUAUGUCCUGUUUUAUUUGUUUUGCUUUCUUUUUUUGUUCUAUCUAUUUAUUUUGUUCUUUUGCUGUGGAAUCUAGAUUCCUACGAAAACCACGGGGACUUAAUAUACUCUGUUGCAAGAGGCCAUAAUGCUAAUAUAAUUCCUGAUGCAAGUUUUUAGAUUGUGUUUAAGAAUAAGGUAUAUGUUUUUUUAAAAGAGCUUUUGUUUGCCUUCUCUGAUGUUUAUUAAUUGGUGAGGAAGACAGAUUAGCAUCACAAUCUACUUGAAAUAUGUUUGAGAUGUCUAGUCUUUUUUUGGUAUUAUUAUUGUCAAAAAAUUACAAUUUCCCUAUUUUGUGCCAGACAAUAUGAAGCACCAUCAUUUGCUUGUUUUGUGUUAGUUUUAAUACCAAACAUACUUUUAAAAAAAAAAAAACUAUUUGUUUCUUUCAACAUUACCCCGAGGAGGAGUGCUGUAAAACAAAACAUAGGUUACAUCCUAAUUCAUUUUGGUAUUUUGGCUGUAAAUGUUCAAGUGACUCUGUCAUGACUUAGACCAACUAUGGAUGUCCACUACUCAUACAGCAAUUCACAAUUUCCCCACCAUAUAUGACAUAUAUAUUUAUAUAUAUUUGGAUAUAUAUGCUUUUUGAGCAAUCAGGUGGCACCAUAGAGAUUGCAGAAUAGAAGGAAUUUUUCAAUAAUGAUGUGGCAACCAUUAUGAGCUAAGUUUUUUUGGGGGGGAUUUUACAUGCUUGGUGCUGUAAGCUUGUCUUUUUAUCUGUUCUUUCAGCAUUUGCAAAUAUUUGUAAUUCUAUUAGGACACCUGAAUCAUUGUAAACACUGCACGUAUGAGUUAAUGUUCAAACUAUUUCUUGUGGAAUAUAGUCAAGCAUUUAUCGUAAUAAUAAAAAAAAAAUAUUGUCUAGGAUAUAAUAACUAAAUAUCAUAAGUGAAUUUUCCAAAUUAUUUGAUUUCGGUUCCAAAUAUCAAGUAUUUAAAUACAAUUGUGCAAUAAAUUAGAAUUUUGUUACAAAGUAAAUAUUUUAUAGCAAUGCCAUUAUCUGCAUGGAACUUCUAUUUCAAAAGAUUUUCGGCAAAUAAAAGCAGAGCUCUGUAAUGAAAUUAAAGAAAGGCGUGCUGACCACAUGGAGGCAAGAACGGAAGAGCUGUGUGCAGCCCAUAACAAAAUGGUUGACAAAGUACAAAGAGAACAGACAAGGCAGAAUAAUUUAUGGAUAUGGGGGGGUCUUUGAAUAUGUCUCUAUUGGAGAUUUAACUGCGUUUGCCACUUCUGACAUCUGAGACAAACAAUGGAUAUUGGAUCUAGCUCAUAGGCUGCAAAAGCCCAGAAGAGUACCAUCUAAUCUGCCCAGGAUUGUAUAGUCAGAAUUUAUUUUUGUCACCUCAAAGAGGUUUUAAUGAGGGCAGCAAGACAUUAGGACACCCUUCCGAACCCCUUCAAAGAAGUGUCACUAAACCGGACUUAUCUGCGGCAACCAUGGUACAUAGGCAUGAAUUCCAAGAGAUAAUCCACCACUCUAAGGUCUCAUGGCAUGCCUUAUAGAUGGGGAUACUCUACACAGCUUCUCAUCUGGAAAAAUGCCACAAUUGACUUUUCACAUCACUGGGAGAAGGCAUGACCAUGCUCUGUUAAUGGAACCUCCUCAGCUGUUCACCAGGAAAAUUCUCAGCAGCUGCCACUGGGGCCAAGGUCGCUAGAGAGUUGUACAAAACUAGCACCCUGCACUGACAUGGCAGCAGAUGAUUUCCUUGAAUUCAACAUCAAUCGUUUAUCUGUUUCUGGCACCUGAAUGGCAAUGGAGUAUGCUCUCUUCAACGCAAUAGCAAAGGAGCUGUUCCAGCCAGCAUUGCUGCGACCAAGUUGACUAGCUUUAUAUGUUCAAGUUUAGGAAGGGUAUGUGUACUUUAAGUUCCACUUUGCUACUUAUGCAUCUGUGUAUUGUCUCCCUACCACCAAAGAGCACCCUUUUACGGUAAUAUGAGGGCUAUAUCCUCUCCCUAACUCUCACCUCACUUUUAACUGAUAUAGACAAGUACUGGUGGGGAUGGUUUAAUGAAGGGGAAUGGUGAUAUGCCAUACCUUAGCCACUAUGUUAGCAUUAUAAGGUUACGCCACAUAUGAGAUACAAGAUCAACUAUGCCCAUAAUGGCAUUCAUAGAUGUGGUCAUACAAGCAUAUUUGUGAGUUAUAGAGAGCCAAGGGGAACUAGUGCCAUAAAGAUUGGCCACUUAGCUAGAAGCUAUAUCCUCCCCUACAGGUGGUGUAUUAAUAUUUAAGAUGAUCAAGACACUUUAACAGCUGUUUUGACACUAGCAGGUCACGAUGUAUAUACUUUUGUUUUUACUUUUAUUUUUAUUUUUUUAUUCUUGUUUAUUUUCAUAUUUUUUGUUUCUAUUUCUUUACCCACUAUGGAAAUGUGAGCAAUAAAGAGCAGUGUAUAAUCAUUCUUGCUGGACUUAUUGAACCGUUAUGUUUUAGUGAGUUUGGCCCACAAUUCACAGGCAGAGCGAGUACAGGUCAUCUGGGGAGUUGGAGGUCUUCUUUUUGGCCUCAAAGACUCACAGACAUAGGUAGAGACACCCUUAAUCAAUGGGCCAAGGGGGACCUUGCAUGCCAUACUACAAAACAAAAUGGCAAAAUUUAAAAUAAAUAUAGAAUUGCUUUUCGGGAGAUGAACAGAGCACAUUUUUACUUAUAUCCAAGUAAGGCAUAUCCUCUCCCAACCGAGUGCAAUUUCAGACGAUCCUAGCUAACUCUCCCAAAGGGGCAGGAUAUGUUCAUCAGGUAAAGUAAAGGGCAAGACACUCUCCAUAUACUAUAACUUUCUUAAAACACCAACCAACCAUACCAAACUUACUUAUAUGAUCAAAUGGGAGGAAGAACUGUAUAACUGCUUCACCCUAGCAGACUGGUUAAAGUCAGCAACACAAAUUAAAAGUGCCUCUAGGUGCCUACCUCAUUGGGAGGUGCACUGUAAACUUGCCAUGAGAUGGUGUCUGUCCUCUCAUGGAUUGGCAUGGGCAUUUAAAAGCACAUCUCCAACAUGCUGGAGAUGCACACAGGACAAAGGCACCUUACUUCAUUGCUUCUGGUCUUUCCUAUAUUUACACUCCUGGACAGACAUAUAAGAUGUGUAUUUCAUAAUUAGAGAUUAUAUAACACUAUUCACAUCUGAGGCAUUUCUCCUUCACAUGCUGCCGGAUGGAAUACUAACAACACAUACAACAUUGAUAUUGUAUAUUUUAACAGCAGUUAUAUCAUGUGUAGCACAGUAGUAGAAUUAACGGAUGCCCCCUUUACACAACAGGAACUUGCUAAAUUAAAUCAAACAUACCAGUAUGAAGAGAUGUCUCAUAGAUUGAUGGGUAAACUAGAUACAAUUUAUGGGAUAUGAGAGGGAUAGUAACACCAAUGCUCAACCCCAGCAACUUAAAACAGGAAGAUGUACCAGCCCAGUUAGAAUAUAACCAAACCAUAGAUGUUAGACAGGUUUAUCAAAUGGCCUGGAUACCCUUCCUAACAUUAGAUAAGGUUGAUAAAGUCGAAUUGAACAUAUCUUGGGGCUGCCGACGUGUGGGUAAGGACAAGAAUACAGAGACAAACCCAAAAUACAGGACCAUAUCUUAAGCAAUGUAAUAUACUUAGCUCCCUUCAUUUUGAUUAUCCCUUUCAAGAACUCCCCUACCCUACAUGUAAGUCCCUGUAUAAGUGUAAGCCAUAAACAUGGAAAAACAAAACCAAGUGGCAGCUGCAAAAAUUUAAUUUCUUAAACCAGGUUAAGGAACAUUGAUGAUAUUAGAAUAAAUUCUAUUAUAUUACAAUCAAAUUCUAGGUUUGUGUUUUUUGGGCCUAUAUAUCUUGGUUUUUAAGGUGAACUGGUAACUGUAUACUUCCUUCCCCCAUAGUUAAGGAACGUAUCAGUUAUAAUACAGAUACAAGAUAUUAGUGAUAUUGCAGAAGGUCUUGCUGGUAAGGUAUGUCUUUUUGCUGAUGAUACUAAGAUAUGUGACAGGGUUGAUGUUCCAGGAGGGAUAAGCCAAAUGGCAAAUGAUUUAGGUAAACUAGAAAAAUGGUCAGAGUUGUGGCAACUGACAUUUAAUGUGGAUAAGUGCAAGAUAAUGCAUCUUGGACGUAAAAACCCAAGGGCAGAGUACAGAAUAUUUGAUAGAGUCCUAACCUCAACAUCUGAGGAAAGGGAUUUAGGGUUGAUUAUUUCUGAUGACUUAAAGGUAGGCAGACAAUGUAAUAGAGCAGCAGGAAAUGCUAGCAGAUUGCUUGGUUGUAUAGGGAGAGGUAUUAGCAGUAGAAAGAGGGAAUUGCUCAUGCCAUUGUACAGAACAAUGGUGAGACCUCACUUGGAGUAUUGUACGAAGUACAGGAGACCGUGUCUUCAGAAGGAUAUUGAUACUUUAGAGAGAUUUCAUAGAAGGACUACUAAAUUGGUUCAUGGAUUGCGGGAUAAAACUUACCAGGAAAGGUUAAAGGAUCUUAACAUGUAUAGUUUGGAGGAAAGACGAGAUGGGGGGAUAUGAUAGAAACAUUUAAAUACAUAAAUGGAAUCAACACAGUAACGGAGGAGACCAUAUUUAAAAGAAGAAAAACUACCACAACAAGAGGACAUAGUCUUAAAUUAGAGGGACAAAGGUUUAAAAAUAAUAUCAGGAAGUAUUACUUUACUGAGAGGGUAGUGGAUGCAUGGAAUAGCCUUCCAGAUGAAGUGGUAGAGGUUAACACAGUAAAGGAGUUAAAUCUUGCAUGGGAUAGGCAUAAGGCUAUCCUAACUAUAAGAUAAGGGACUAAUGAAAGUAUUUUAAAAAAAUUGGGCAGACUAGAUGGGCCGAAUGGUUCUUAUCUGCCAUCACAUUCUAUGUUUCUAUGUUUCUAUAUAAUCAGUUAAAAUGUUGAAAUACAAACCCACCUCCCCUCUGUUCCAGCGAUUCCAUGUCCUCAAUUUUGUGUGAGGUACACUGCUGUAGCACCCUCCUCUAGCUCUCUUCUGGUCCCAUCCACCUUGUGAUUUGAUUUGCCCUGUUUGGGAAUGCUUCUUCAAGCAGGGCCGUCCUCCUCAAUCAUGCAGACAUUCUGGCUUCAUUGCCACUCAGUUCCUAUACUCCCUAUCCAGCGCUAGCAUAGUAAGCUAUAGAGCAUGCAUUGUGGUUGUUAUGCUUUGAGACCAGAAAGAGCGCCUGUCGGUGGGUUCUCCUGCCCUCUCUGUCUGUCAGUUCUUUGACACGUAAGUCUAUGUAAAAGAAUCCAUUGAUGUGUUAGGGAAAGACAUAUUUUAAUGGGAUUUUUUUCCCAUCUAUACAUAAUAAUUCAUUAUAAUGGUACUUUGAAUUCUGUGAAUACAAAUUAACAUUUGCUUAAUUUAAUCAUGUAGUAUUUUUAGAAAAAAAAAGUAAUUUUAAAGAUUAUGCUAUUUUUCAGGAACAACUUUUGAACAAUGAAUGUUUUAACACUUCUGAGUUUGUUGCUAUUUGGAGUGUCCUGGAGUCACAAUGCAGAUUCAGGUAGAUGUGAUGAAAUUACCAAUACCUGUGCAGUUAUUUCAUGCGGAUCGCAUAGUUCAAGUGGAACACCAGGAAGAGAUGGAAGAGAUGGCAAAGAAGGACCCAAAGGGGAAAAAGGAGAAAGAGGUAAUAUAUAUAUUAGAACUGCUAUUAUUAUUAUGUUAUUAUUUAUAUAGCGCCAACAAAUUCCGUAGCGCUUUACAGUGGGUGGACGAACAGACAUGUAGUUGUAACCAGACAAGUUGGACGCACAGGAACAGAGGGGUUGAGGGCCCUGCUCAAUGAGCUUACAUGCUAGAGGGAGUGGGUUAAAAUGACACCUUUUGUGUCACCUUUUGUGUCAUUUUACCCCACUCCCUCUAGCAUGCAAGCUCAUUGAGCAGGGCCCUCAACCCCUCUGUUCAUGUGCUUCCAACAUGUCUGGUUACAACUACAUGUCUGUUCGUCCACCCACUGUAAAGCACUACGGAAUUUGUUGGCGCUAUAUAAAUAAUAACAUAAUAAUAAUUAUGCUCAAUAGUAUUAGACUAGUGACAGUUGCAAGAGAGGAAUCAGUCGGGAGCUAUUAACAGUUUAAUUGAUACACUUUUAUGAAUUUAUUAAACAUUUAAUUUAUUAAAUGUUGGGUUUUAAAAACUUGUGGAAUAGAGUAAGGAAAAACAAAAGUCUUUUGCUAUUUUAUUUUCACUGAUUUAUAGUAUUUUAUCAAUUAAAAUAUUUUUUAAAAAUGAUGAUAAAAGCAUCAAUUAUUUAGUGGUAUUACUGUCAUAAUUAUUACUAAUAGUGUCUGUGCAAACCUUCAAGUGGUGCAGUAGGACUAGUGCAAAUAAACUGCAACACAUUUAUGAAUCAUCAACAAUUCUCAUUCCACCCUCCAAAUGGUGCACAAAACCUCUUGUGUAUUCUUAUACAACUCUUGAGUUACUUCUUAAUACAACCUAGAAUUCUAAAAAACACUCAACAAAAUGCAAAUAAUAUACAGGGAGUGCAGAAUUAUUAGGCAAGUUGUAUUUUUGAGGAUUAAUUUUAUUAUUGAACAACAACCAUGUUCUCAAUGAACCCAAAAACUCAUUAAUAUCAAAGCUGAAUAUUUUUGGAAGUAGUUUUUAGUUUGUUUUUAGUUUUAGCUAUGUUAGGGGGAUAUCUGUGUGUGCAGGUGUCUAUUACUGUGCAUAAUUAUUAGGCAACUUAACAAAAAACAAAUAUAUACCCAUUUCAAUUAUUUAUUAUUACCAGUGAAACCAAUAUAACAUCUCAACAUUCACAAAUAUACAUUUCUGACAUUCAAAAACAAAACAAAAACAAAUCAGUGACCAAUAUAGCCACCUUUCUUUGCAAGGACACUCAAAAGCCUGCCAUCCAUGGAUUCUGUCAGUGUUUUGAUCUGUUCACCAUCAACAUUGCGUGCAGCAGCAACCACAGCCUCCCAGACACUGUUCAGAGAGGUGUACUGUUUUCCCUCCUUGUAAAUCUCACAUUUGAUGAUGGACCACAGGUUCUCAAUGGGGUUCAGAUCAGGUGAACAAGGAGGCCAUGUCAUUAGAUUUUCUUCUUUUAUACCCUUUCUUGCCAGCCACGCUGUGGAGUACUUGGACGCGUGUGAUGGAGCAUUGUCCUGCAUGAAAAUCAUGUUUUCUUGAAGGAUGCAGACUUCUUCCUGUACCACUGCUUGAAGAAGGUGUCUUCCAGGAACUGGCAGUAGGACUGGGAGUUGAGCUUGACUCCAUCCUCAACCCGAAAAGGCCCCACAAGCUCAUCUUUGAUGAUACCAGCCCAAACCAGUACUCCACCUCCACCUUGCUGGCGUCUGAGUCGGACUGGAGCUCUCUGCCCUUUACCAAUCCAGCCACGGGCCCAUCCAUCUGGCCCAUCAAGACUCACUCUCAUUUCAUCAGUCCAUAAAACCUUAGAAAAAUCAGUCUUGAGAUAUUUCUUGGCCCAGUCUUGACGUUUCAGCUUGUGUGUCUUGUUCAGUGGUGGUCGUCUUUCAGCCUUUCUUACCUUGGCCAUGUCUCUGAGUAUUGCACACCUUGUGCUUUUGGGCACUCCAGUGAUGUUGCAGCUCUGAAAUAUGGAAAAACUGGUGGCAAGUGGCAUCGUGGCAGCUGCACGCUUGACUUUUCUCAGUUCAUGGGCAGUUAUUUUGCGCCUUGGUUUUUCCACACGCUUCUUGCGACCCUGUUGACUAUUUUGAAUGAAACGCUUGAUUGUUCGAUGAUCACGCUUCAGAAGCUUUGCAAUUUUAAGAGUGCUGCAUCCCUCUGCAAGAUAUCUCACUAUUUUUGACUUUUCUGAGCCUGUCAAGUCCUUCUUUUGACCCAUUUUGCCAAAGGAAAGGAAGUUGCCUAAUAAUUAUGCACACCUGAUAUAGGGUGUUGAUGUCAUUAGACCACACCCCUUCUCAUUACAGAGAUGCACAUCACCUAAUAUGCUUAAUUGGUAGUAGGCUUUCGAGCCUAUACAGCUUGGAGUAAGACAACAUGCAUAAAGAGGAUGAUGUGGUCAAAAUACUCAUUUGCCUAAUAAUUCUGCACUCCCUGUAUAAAGAAAUUUCCCCUAUUGAAAAUAUUUCACAAGAUCCAAGUGACUGAAUCGACACUCAAACUGUAGUGCUGUGGAAGGAUCAGAUCAUUGGUAACAAUGUAUCCAGACUCACAUCAACCAUGUUCUUGCGCAUGAACAGAUGUCACCAGACACCACAUAGCUUUAUUUGCAUCUUUCUAUUGUUUUUGUAUGUUUAAUUACCGUACUUAUUUUUAUAUUUUCUAAAAAAAAAAAAAAUCUGCAAAGAAUAUAUAUAUUUUAUAUAUAAACUCAAAGCCCUUCAAAAAUAUUAACAAUUAACAGCGCACCAAAGCAUUGGCGACACAUCCAUUUAUAUGUCAUAGGAGCGCCAUCAGGGCCUCAAAUAAAGGUACAGUAUCACUCUAUGAAGAUACAUCACACUUUGUUUGAGGUAUAUACAGAGCAUAUAAUCAAAUCAGAACACCAACGCCAUGGUGAAGUCAACAGAAUCCCUCAUACAGGUAUCAGUCAAUUCUCAGCAUCUCUAUUCUCACUCAUCACACGUCAUGUUUCGCCCUGCCUCUUGAGGAUUUCUCAAGUCUAUCUGCCAGUCUCUUUUGUGCUAUUAAAUUAUAAAAAUAAACUAUAUUGUGCUUAUGAUGUGCUGCCAUUUAUUUAUUGACCGUAGAAAUCUUGCAGGACAAAACAUAUUGCUAAAGAGAACAAGCAAGGAGCAGUGUAUAAGACACCUAGAACAAAUGGACUGAUAACUGCAUAGCAGUAAUGGAUUCUAUUGACUGUACAAUGAAAUUCUGAUUUGAAUUUAUGCUAUAUAUGAUUUUAAAGCAAUAUGUAAAUAAAGCUUUGAGACUUGUAGCUUGUGGCUGGCAGUCUGUUCCUGUGCAAGAACAAGGUUGAUGUGAUUAAUGAUCCACCUUUACCAAGGGUCUGAUCCUCCUUGUAUACUACAGUCUGAGUGUCAAUUCAGCCAAUCAGAUUUAAAAAAAUAUAUAUUUUUAGGUUGUUUUGUGAACUCAAGAGUUUGUAUAAGUAUGCACAAAAGUUUUUGGUCACCAGAUUACAUUAUUACAUUGGAGGUUGCAAAGUAUUUUAUCAGCUAAUACAAAAAGCAAAAAAUAUCCCAGUACAUUCCACCAAAGGGGAUCGCAAUGGGAGAGAGCACAGUAAAGUAAAGGUUAGAAACAAAAUGAGAACCCUAACUUUAAUGAAUCUAAUGUUUAAUAAUUAAACUGGGGAUAGCCCAGUAUAAAUGUGGUGAUAGUUAAAAAAAAAAAGGGUGUCUAGGGAAGAAAGAAGGACAGUGGAAAAGAUAAAUAGAAUUAUCUGGUAUAUAAAAUAACCGUCCACUUGUCUCUACUCCUGGGCAGAGAGAGGUCCAGGUCGGGAGAUGUCAGACAGCCCACUGUGUGCACGCCGAUCUAAUGGAAAAGAAACAUAAUAGGAAGAAUCCAUUAGCGAGCCUAGGGAGUCCCAAAGCAGUUUGUCAGUCUGUUUCCUUGUGCUAUCCCUUAUUGCCUCAGCCCUGCACAAAGCAAGUGCCUACCUGAGCCAGCAAACCCUAGAACAACCAAAGAAGAUGUAACUAUAACGUGCACAUAAUGCUAUCGAAGUGUGAAUAAAAAUAAAAGUGAAAAAAAUAGCAACAUUUUCACUUUUAUUUUUAUUGACACUUGGGUAGCACUAUGUGUUCCAACACAUCCCACAGAUGUUCAAUCGGAUUUAGAUCUGGGGAAUAUGGAGGUCAAGGCAACACCUUGAACUCUUUGUCAUGUUCCUCAAAUUAUUCCUGAACAAGUUUUGCAGUGUAAAAUAAUGCAUUAUCCAGCUGAGAGAGGCCACUGCCUCUUUCAAUGAACACUAUUACCAUGAAGAGGUGUAAGUGGAAGAAAUACAAAAGAUAACUAGAGAGUUGUAGCUACUCUAGUCGUGUUUUAAACUGCGCAUACAAAUAUACUCCCAAUACUGGGAUGUGAUGUUAAUAGUAAGAUAUUAUUAGUGAAAUGUUGCAGGAAAAGUACCACUUAAUCCAGGGUGUAACCAGUUAAAACUGAAAAGGUAUGUUAGGGGAUGCAGCUUCUUAUAUAGAAAGUAUCCCUACACUUUCUUAUACAAUAAAGACCACGAGAAAUGUGAAAAGAAGCGCAAAAUACAUACAGUGGUUAACAUAUAAAAGAAAACAUUUUAUUAUCUUUAUAAAGCAUAAAAUAUAUAUAAAAAGCUGUGUAUACUAGUUGUAUACUUGGAUAUAGUUAUCCUAUUGUAAAAAUUAACCUGUUAUGCUAAAUAAAGUGUGCACACUAUUUACAGGUAUAGCAUAAAAAGAUGCAAAAAAUAGGAAAUAUGUGAUAAAAAUAUUUCCAAAAAGGGAUAUGUGAAAAAAGAGAAGGUUGAGAAAAAAUGUCUAGAUAUAAAAAGAAAUAUACUUUAAAAGUCCAACCUGAUGAUUGAAGAGAGAGCCCUUUCUUUCCUCCUGAUCUUGCGUCCGUAUGUCUGUAGACAGCUCAGUAAAGGAAUAUGCAGGGAAAAAUCUUCUUUUGGAGAUGGAUGUCAGACGUUUUUCUUUUUCUUCAUAAGCUUAUGCAGAUGUCAGCUGCUUUGAAACAAUACUAGAUGUAAGUGGUCUGCAACAAUUUUUAGGUAGGUGGUAUGUGUCAAAGUAACAUCCACAUGAAUGUCAAGAUCCAAAGUUUCCCUGCUGAACAUUGCCUCCACUGGCCUGCAUUCUUCCCAUAGUGCAUCCUGCUGACAUGAUUCAUCAGACCAGGCAACCUUCUUCUAUUGCUCCAUGGUCCAAUACUGAUGCUCAGUAUUGGACCAUGAAGAUUGCUUUCAGCAGUGGAUAUGGGCACUCUGACUGGUCUUCUCCCAACAAUGCAACAAUCUAUGUGUUCUGACACCUUUCUGUUACAGCCAGCAUUAAGGUUUGUCACCCAUGACCAUAACGCCGGUUCACCGGUUGUCCUUCCUGGCACCACUUUUGGUAGGUAUAAAAUACUGCAUAACUGGAACACCUUACAAGACUUGCCAUUUAGAGAUGCUUUAACCAUGUCAUGAAAUUAAAGAACUGACUGUUCACUUGUUACAUAUUAUAUCCCACCCCUCGACAGGUGUCAUUAUAACAAUAUGAUCAAUGCUAUUCACUUCACCUGUCAGUGGUUUUGAUGUGGCUGAUCAGUGCACAAUCUCAACAUUACCCCUUUGGAAAUCAAGAUAUUAUUAAGUUGUUUGUGGAAUAAGGAGGCCUGGACACUGAUAUAUCUACACUCUCCUGAAUAAUUUUGGGAAUCAUGAUUCCUUUAGAAUCUUAGAACAGAUAAACACUACUGAAAAAAAUGAAGAAUUAAAACACAACAAAAAUCUAAUAAAAAAAGAUUUUUUACAAACUCACAUAUUUCUCAACACUAACCACUACCAACUCAUAAACUAUUUGAUUUAGCAAGAUCAGGCUUGUUGCUUAUACAUAUGAAUUGUAGCAUUAACAUGUUAUUAAUAUGUUUUUUGUUCCAAGAGAAAUACAAUUCCCAUUUUGAGUGAUGAGGGAAUCUUUCUCCCUCUGUAUUUAAAACAAAAACUGGACAUCAUAUUGGGGAUGUAAUUGUGGUUUAGUUUGGAUCUAUGGCAACACAGGAAUGUUUGAACUUCACAAAUUCAUCUGUUUUUUAUAUUUGAUAUUAUGUUACCAAGCAAUAUAUGAGGCAUGCAAAUUACAUUGACAUUUAUACUGGUGUUUUACAAAUAAAUCAAUAUUGCCCUGUUGUUUUAGUUCAAAUUUUAUAGUUAUGACCUAAACUAUAAAUUAUAGGUCUCCAAGGAAACAGGGGAAGCCAAGGAGCGCCGGGUAAACUUGGCCCGCCAGGAGUGAAGGGUGAGAAGGGUUCUGUUGGCGAAAAGGGAGAGCAGGGCAGGAGUGCUACAUCAGGUAAACUAGCUCAUAACUAUAUUAUAAGGAAUUACAUUAAAUUAUUUCAUAUCCAUAUGCUAAUUUCAGUUGAGGCGAAUAUUGUAUACUUCCCAAGUGUACUUAUUUAAGUGGGACAGUCCCUAUGUUGGAUUCAAAUCCCUAUUUCUAUCCUUACGUCUCUCUUUUCUACGAGCUUCAUAUUGGUGAUGUGUGUUUAGUGUAUAACAGAGCUCCACACACCUAAAAUAAAAGUGUUCCUCUUUGUCCAUUUGAAAUGUUAGGAGAUAUGAUACUAGGAAUUCUUUAUAACCUAAACAUUUUAUUCCUGAAGCAUGUUAACACUUUUACCAGAAAUGGUAAAAACACAUAAUUCUACAUGAUUUCCACAAAUCACUGAUAGCUAAAAUAGCAAAUCAAAGUAAUUUUCUGUAAAAUGUUUCAAUAUUGCUACAUUUUGCUUGAGGUCAGUCUUCUAACUUUUCCAUAAUAAUGGUUGUGCUCAUUUGUUGUUGUGUACCCUCUUAACAUCUCAAUUUCCAAAUUUUAAUUAUUUAUUAUUUAUAUAGCAGCAAUAUAUUCCAUAGCAUUGUACAAUAGAGGCAUAGACAGAUAAAUAAUAAUCAACAUGACCGGCCUGUGAACUUCCAAUCUUGCAAAUACAGUACUUUUAUACCGAGUGCUUAUAGCAAGAUAACCCGUGAGGUGUGAUGUUGAGAUGCCUUCUCCUCUUUCUGGUACUCAAUUGCUAUCAAUAACAACUGAUGUGCCAUGGGUGUCUUAUGCACUCCCCAUCUCAUGCUGUAGUCACUUGUGAACACCUUCAUGGAUGCUGUACAUAGUCCAGCACCCUGUCUGCUAAUACUGCAGUCCACCAAGAAAUAUCCCAGUGGACCACUCUGAUAUCUAAACAGACACUUUAUACAUUUGGUCUCUGCUGCCCUUAACCAUAAGUAUAUUCAAGUCAUGUUAGUAGUCUUGGAUCAGAUUAUGUGGAUAUAAAAUCAAGGAAUGCUUCUGUCUAGAUUUCUACAAACACUCCAAUACAUGAACAUGCUCAUGAUUAAGGACAGCAGAGCCUCAAAUCAUCAUUGUUCUUCUUGUCCCUGUGAUCUCCUGAGGUAAAAUGUUGUUUUUUUCAAAGAAGAAAUUAAUUAAUGUAAAUUGAUAUUUUAAUGACUUUUUUUCUGGUGGAUUUUUAAAAUUUGAACUUAUUCAUGAGAUUUAUGAAUAAUAGAGUUAUGAGACAAAUUUCUCUACCUGCAUUGCACGGGGUAAGAAAAUGUACCUUAAAACAAAAACAUGCAAGACCUGAAACUUGAUUAGUUGAAAUUUUGUGCAGGUGGUUUACCUACAAAAAGUGCAAAUCGAUUUUAAAAUGAGCCUUUUGGUUUUUGCAGAGGUCGAAGUAGUUAAAAUCCAAAUGAAGACUUUGGAAGGACAAAUGCAAAUGCUACAAGCAGACUUAAACAAGUAUGCAAAAAGUAAGAUUAACUUAAUAAUAAUGGUUCACUAGUGCUGGUACCUCUUAAAAUUAAUUUUUACAACAUGGUUUACAUCUGCUAUAUUUAAAACAAAUAAGGAGAUAUUCUUGACAAUCUUAUCUUUUGGAACUUUUAAGGUUAGGUAUGGACACCAACUCAUAGAACCUAGGCCUAACAGCAUAUCCCUAAAGUAAAGGAUAGUGGUGUAUUAAUGGCCUUUAGGGAGGCUUGCCUUAAAGGGACAUUCAAGACCCAUAAAGCACUUUAGCUUGUUGAAACGCUUUAUGUGUGAAGAGUGUGUCUUAUUUUUUCAUAUUGCAAAAAGUGCAGAUUUCAAUAGAAAUGAUAAAUUAACCUGGUUACACCUCAGUUAGACCAAAGGUCUUAUUUCCUGGUUUCGCUAGCUCAGUGGAGCAAAACUCAAAGGGCAGACAAUAGCUCAGAGAUCAGAGCUUUGCAAAGAUUUCUCAUUGAGCUGCAUGGGGAAGUCUGUGAUUGGACACAUCAAGUCUGCUUAUCUGUGAAUAGUUAUAGUAGUCAAGUCAAGGUCAGAUAUUGAAGAAAUCAGAAAAAAAGUAUAGAAAAGCAGCCAGGCAUACUAGAAUAUAGCAUAAACAUACAACAAACACACAGUCAAAACCUAGAAAUACAGAUGACCAGAAAAGCCCUAGAUGACUACGAUACCACAAUUAGACAAGGUGCAUUGGGUUUAAAUAGCCAACGGAAUGCCUUUCGAAUUGUGUCAACUAAAACAACCAAGUUUGCAUGUUAGUGUGAGAUUUGGCAUGAAGGUUUGGUAUAUACUUGGUAAAGGCUGUUGAAAAAGUGCUCAUUAAGUGUGAAACGAGUUUACCCAGUAACCCUUCCCCCUUCUGCUUUUAUGCAUUCUUUGUGAUUUGUAAUUUGAGCUGACAAAAAGACUGUUUCAAAGGAAAGCUGUAUUUGAAGUUGAUAUAGAUACUGCUGCUACGCAAGAUGGUGGAUGGGACUUAGUCACUAAAAUUCUAGUUGAGUUAAAUGUAAAUAUUUCUAACAAUCUUAUUGAGUUUGUCUUAUUCUCAUAAAUGUUUGAAAAUGUAAACAAUAAUAUUCCCACUUUGCCUGUUUCAGUUUUGCUUUUCCAUGGUGGUAAACAAGCUGGUACUAAGAUUUUUGUAACAAAUGGUCAAGAGGAGAGUUUUGAAAGUUCUCAAAAAUCUUGUAAAGAAGCUGGGGGUAAUUUGGCCAGUCCUCGAAACGCAGAAGAAAACAGUGCAACACAGGAAAUACUACAAACAAAGGGAGAGAAUGCAAAGGCUUACUUAGGAAUAUCAGACCUGCAGGUGGAAGGCAUCUUCAAAUAUGCUGGAGGAGACAAAAUAAGUUAUACCAAUUGGAACUUGGGAGAACCAAAUAAUAGCAAAGACAAUGAAGACUGUGUAGAGAUUCAAGAUAAUGGAAAAUGGAACGACAUUCCUUGUUCUCUUUUAAGAUUGGUAAUCUGUGAAUUUCAAUAA